AUGAAAUCCCAACUUCUCUUCGCCCUGCUGGGAGCCACCUGCACCUUGGCCCAUCACAUGGUCUCCAAUGUUUGGAUCGACGGCGUGAACCAGGGAGCCGGCACCUGCAUGCGUACUCCCCUCGAUACUUCUCCCAUGACCGAUAUCACCGCUUCCACUAUGGCCUGCAAUGUCAACGGCAACAGGAAAUUCGAAAUCACUUGCCCUGCGAAUGCUGGUUCGACUGUCACUAUCCAGUGGCGUACUUGGCCCGACGGCAGCAAUGAUAGCCCCAUUGAUGUCUCUCACCAGGGCCCAUGUGCUGUGUACAUGAAGAGGAUGGGUGACAAUGGUGACGGUGAGGUUGCUGGAGGUGGAUGGUUUAAGAUUUGGCAGGAUGGAUUUCGCGACGGAGAGUUCUGUACCGAGAGACUGCGCAAGAACGGUAACAGGAUGGUCGUCAAGAUUCCCGAGGACUUGGCCGGAGGUUACUACACCCUUCGUGCCGAACACCUUGCUCUUCACCAGGCUCAGAGUGUCGGUGGUGCUCAGUGGUAUGUUGGAUGUGCCCAACUCUUUCUCUACUCGACCGGCGGAAACACCAAACCCGGCAACACCGUUUCUAUCCCCGGAUACGUCUCUGCCCAGCACCCCGGCGUUCACUACGACUAUUGGCUCAAGAAGGGUGCUGGUUAUAAGAUGCCUGGACCUGAGCCAUACGUCAAGACCAAUAGCGGUGGUGGCAAUCCCAUCAAGGUCCCCUUCACGCCCCACAAGUACGGCGAGUGCUUGGUCAAGAACGCGAACUGGUGUGCCGUUUCUCCUCCCGCUCACAACAAUGAGGUUUCUUGCUGGAAGGCUUCCCAGAAUUGUUGGAAGCAGCUUGAUACUUGUUACGCCGAGGCCCCUAUCACUGGUAACAAGGGCUGCAAGGAAUGGGAGAAGAGGUGUGAGAACUAUCUGACUGCCUGCCAUAAGUGCACCCAGAAUGGCUGUCAGGGCUCUAAGGUGAAGAGGGUGAGGCGUGCCAUGCGUGGACACAAGCGUCGCCAUACUCACCAGAUCGACACCCUUGUCGAAGCCCUUUGA